CUACCCCACAAUAAAUAUUUAAUUAGCUCGCAGAUAUAGCGCGCCGCUCACUGCGGGGCCGGCGGCCGGCUCCUGCAGACUACUUCGCACUGCUCUGCCGGUGCCACUGCUGUACCCGUGACAUUUCUAUCGAGGCUAUAAACUCGUUUUAUUAAUUUAGAACAUACAUAUUCAUUGUUUUAGAUGCUGGCGAGUAGUCCUACUGGGCGCACGUUCGUCGCCGACCUCAGUGGAUGCGGCACACUGAACGCCAGUCCCCGCCGGCAGCUGAGUGAGAUACAGUGAGAUACGUGCGAGUGUCAGCAGGCGGUUCCCGAGCCUGGCGGAACAGGUCACUGACCGUUGUGGCAACAGAGGGGGAGGAACAUGGCAGAGCUGAACGCGGAGACCAAGCGCGUGCACCUGGACGAGGUGCUGGGGCAGUUGGGGGCUUUCGGGCGCCACCAGGCCGUCACCAUGGCCAUGCUGGCGCUCGUGUACGCCACCAACUCCAUGUACAACGUCAACUACGUCUUCGCCGUCGAGGACGUCGGCUACAGAUGCAGGAUACCAUCGUGCGACGGUCCCGACGCGCGGUUCAGCGUGCCCUGGCUGAACCAGUCGCAGGAGUGGUCGGACGAGCCACUGAAGCAGUGCCGGGCGCCCGUGGUCACUGGCUGCGCGCUCUCCAACCACACCGGGGAUGAGCUCUGCACGCAGUGGGUCUAUGAGAAGCCGGACAGCUUCACCGCAGAGUUCGGGCUGGCGUGCGACGACUGGAAGCAGACUCUGGUGGGCACCGUGCACAGCUUCGGCAACAUGCUGGGCCUGCUCAUACAAGGCCAGAUCUCGGACAGGUUCGGCCGCAAGACGGCGGCGGUGUUCGCGGGCACGAUGGGUGCGGCGCUGGGACUCACCAAGAGCUUCGCCACAUCCUUCUGGUUCUACAUCGUGCUGGAGGCACUCGAGGCGGCCGUUGGUGAUGCGCUGUCUCCCAUGUUUAUGCUGAGUAUAGAAAUUGUGGAGAAAAAGCGAGCUGUUCUAUUCCAAAUGAUUUUACUGAACUGUUACACAUGCGGCCUCAUCGUGAUGCCGUUCAUUGCAUGGGCGGUGCCCUACUGGAGGAACUUCCUACGGGUCAUCUACGCCCCGACACUUCUCAUCCUCACUUACUCCAUUUUCUUGGACGAAAGCAUCCGCUGGCUGUACAGCAAAGGCAGGAAGGAGCGCGCCGUGCAGCUGAUACAGAAGAUAGCGAAGAGGAACGGCGUCAACAUUGACGGCACCAUGCUGGACAAGCUGGACUACGCGGAUGAAGAGACCAAGACUGGCGUCAGCGACAGGAAGCUGCUCAUGAAGACGUUCAAGUCCAGAAUCAUGAUGCAAAGGUUCCUGGUGUGCAUGGUGUGGUGGUUCACCAUCACGCUGAUUAACUACGGCAUGAUGAUCAGCGCAGUUCACAUCGCCGGCAACAAGUACGUCAACUUCUCCCUGCUGAUGCUGAUGGACAUCCCCGCCAAUGUGUUCUACUGGCUAGCACUCUCCAAGUACAAGAGGAAGAUACCACUCCUCGCAUCCUUCAUAGUUGGAGGAAUAUUUUGCAUCUCGCAGCCUUUCGUGCCUAAAGGCUACGCGUGGCUGGGGCUGACCCUGUUCAUGAUGUUCGAGAUGCUGGCCACGUUCUCGUACAACAUCGUCUACAUGUACACGUCCGAGCUGUUCCCCACCUACACCAGGAACUCCAUGCACUCCAUCUGCUCCGCCAUCGGCCGCGUCGGCUCGCUGGUCGCGCCGCAGACCCCGCUGCUGAUGUCGUACUGGUAUGGACUUCCAACAUUCCUGUUCGGCGUGACGUCCGUAGUGGCAGGCUCGCUGACGCUGCUCAUGCCGGAGACGGCUCGGUCUGAACUGCCCGACACCGUCGCAGAAGCUGAACGAAUCGGACGCAAGCAGCUUGCACCAGAGCAACAAAGCCUCACGCAACGGAACAGGAGACGAAGUUAGGCCACCGAAGUGUUGGCAACUUUGUCAAGUCGUAUAUGCUGCGUGCUUCCCUCGGGCUCCAGUGGAAGCUCACUCUCACGCCUACCUCCUCUCAUGUGAUAUGUCUUUACGUUAACGGUCGCUUCUAUCUCGAGUUGGUAAUAGUUACAUAAUUUCGUAUUCGCA